AUGGCGGAGGCCGCGCAGGCCGCAGAGCCCAAAGGGCAGGCGCGGGUGCACUCCGCGCCAAAGCGGGCGCGGAUGACACUCGGGCAGAUCCUGGCGCGUCACCGCCAGCACCAGCAGCAGCAGCAGCCUGACCGGCAGAAGGCGCUCUGCAGCGAGCACAUGAUUGCGACUGCCGCGAGCCGGCAGCUGCGUGGUCGAAAGCAGCGACGGCAGCCGACGGGCACCUCGCAAGAGGGCCCGUGUACGCCGACGAUGUCUAAGCUGCUGCCGCAGGCACAAAGCCAGCUGGUCGAGCCGCUGUGCUGGUACGCGGCAGCUUCGACAGCAACGACGAUGCAGGCAAGCGUGUACAUGCAGCAGCAGGAGCAGCAGCAGCAGCAGCAGCAGCAGCAGCAGCAGCAGCAGCAGCAGCAGCAGCUGCUGCUCGACUACGUGCUGCCGCGCCCGUGGUGGGCGUCUGCCGCGGACCUCCACGCCGGACUGCGCUUGCCUGCCGCGGCGCCACACCAGCGGGGGGCGAGCAGCCGGCAGCUCGCCUCUAGCUCGGACAGCAGCACCGACGACUUCAUGCCCGCCAUGCCCGCCGCCACGGCCGUCGUUGCCGCGGCCCAGGCGCCGCCGCUGCUGCCUGUGCUGCCGGCCGCCGCCUGGCCGAACGAGGCGUUUUGGGCGCCAGCGAGCAGCGAUGCCUCUGCGUUCAGCGCCGUGGAGGCUGCGGCGCUUGGCACACCGUCGGCUGGCACAGACCUGCCCAUUCUACAUGAAAUCGGCGGCAUCGACGACGUGUUUGACUGCUUCGGACUCGACGACAGCUGGCUGGAUGCGCUUUGCAGCGACAUGAUCUGA